CCAGUCAACUGCAAUGCCGGAAAUAACGCCCGUAAAAGCAAGACGUGACUGUGAUACCAGUCUGCUUUAGAUGACCGGCAUCCGUCGCCGGCACGAACCAGCGUGGUGGUCUCCAUGGUGAUCACAAGUAGAGCGCGAACUGUCCCCGCCACCCAUGAUAGACCAAAGGGCUCCGAGGAAAGCGAAGCCGCAUGUUCCGCGGACCCCAAUUUCACUGACGCCAUAAGCCACAGGCGGCAGUAUAAUGAACCGACGUUUCCGUCAAACCAGCUACGGGCGUUCGUCUUCGGAGAUUAUUCAUUCGGCUAGAUGUUGGAUGCAAAAUGAGACGCACCUGUUUUGGCCGGAACCCGGCCAUUGGUCUCGCGAGUGCCUCAAAGAUUCCAUUCGCACCUCUUUGCACGAAGAAGAAAUGGUGGGACUCAAGUGUGAGUGGGAACGCAAAGCACAAAAGAAGUACGAGAAGAACCAACUCCGUAUGGAACGCCAGAGGCAGGCCGAAGAAAAGGCUAAGGAACUAGAACUUCGACGCCAGCGGCUCAAAGAUGUCCUCGAACAGGAACGGGAAUCGCUGGAACAGAAAAUGAAAGCGCUGCUGAUUUCUACGAGAGGCAACCACUAAAGCUGAGUUUCACAUUGUUUGGUACUACAACUAUACUUACUCUGUAAAUAUCAAGUGCGAAGAUACAGAAGAUUUCUACAGUUUCUAUAACGCGUAAUGGUGAAUAAUAAACUGUGAAAAUUU